UGGCUUUUGGUAUAAAUUCCUUAAAACUUGCGGUAUCAAAAAGUUUGCCUAAAACAUGAGGUGCAAGCUGGCAUCAGAGAAGCCGAAAAUGAAACAAAAGAAAGGCUUAUGGUCACCUGAUGAGGACCAAAAGCUUCGAGAUUAUGUUAUGAACUAUGGUCACGGUUGCUGGAGCGUAGUUCCUAUCAAUGCAGGUUUGCAGAGGAACGGAAAAAGCUGUAGAUUAAGGUGGAUUAAUUAUCUCAGACCAGGAUUAAAGAAAGGUGCAUUUUCUAUCCAAGAAGAAGAAACUAUCCUCAACCUUCAUGGCCUUUUAGGCAACAAAUGGUCUCUAAUAUCACAACAUUUGCCUGGCCGAACUGAUAACGAGAUAAAAAAUCACUGGCAUUCUUACCUAAAAAAGCAAGUCCAGAAACAAGAAAAUCCUGAAACUACAAUUAAACCCGAAUGCACAAACUCUGACACGGGUCAUACUGAAUCAUCAUCGUCGUACCUGAAAUCAUUAACAAGAAACACGAGUUUUGAUUCACUCACGUAUAACAGUUCGUCUGUUGACAUGGAUCAACCAGCCCAUUUCAACAAGUUACCCAAGAUUUUAUUUGCAGACUGGCUUGGGCUAGAAGAAUUUCAUGGACAUGAAACUUUAGUAUGCAAAGAAGAAAUUAGCAAUGGGUCAAAUUACCAAGAGGCCCCUCUUAGUGGUAAUUUGCUAACAAAUAAUGAAGGAUCUACAGAUAGCAGUGAGACUGUCAAUUGUUUAGACAAUAAUUAUUCAAAUGAGGACAUGUUUCAUAACCAAAUGAAGCUUGAUCAAAUUUUCAACUUUAAUGGUGCAGAUUUCAACUUUGAAGACUUCUUGUAUAUUUGAGGGAUUUUAACAGUGGAGAGUGAGUAUAAACUAAUUCAGUAAAAUGGUUGCACAAAUGGUAAAUUACUA